AUGGCGCUGACCGCCGUGGACCCACAGGCAGAUCAAGGAGAUGGCCGACAGAAAGAUAAGCAAGCUUUCAUUGCUUCACCAGACGUUAUCACGACCCCUUGUGAUCCUUGGCCGCGUCCAUACUAUCUUGAAGAUGGCCUUCGUAAGGUGCAUCCGUAUCACUAUACAUACAACACCUACUGCAAGGAGAGAUGGCGUGGAAGAGAAUUGCUUGAUGUCUUUGCUACCGAAUUUCGAGAUAGGCCACAGGCUUACUAUAAAGACGCUAUAGAGCGGGGCAAUGUCGUCGUGAAUGGAGUCCGAGUACCGACUGUCAAAGCCACCGUCAAGAACGGCGACAUAAUAUCCCAUACGCUACAUCGACACGAACCUCCUGUGACCGCUCAGCCCAUUGGUAUUGUUCAUGAAGACGACGGUAUGAUCGUCAUCAACAAGCCUGCGGGCGUACCAGUCCAUCCUGCCGGUCGCUACAACUUCAACUCUAUCAUCGAAAUCAUGCGCGCGGAGAGGAGCCAUGCAUGGAAUCCUUUGCCCUGCAACAGACUCGACAGACUGACUAGUGGCGUCAUGUUCAUCGGUAAGAACGCUAGAGCCGCUGAAAGGUUAAGUAUGCAGAUCCAAGGCAGGAGCGUGAAGAAAGAAUACGUGGCCAGGGUCAUUGGAGAUUUUCCUGAGGGAGAUAUCGUAUGCGAGCAGCCAGUCAUGCAAAUCAGUCCAAAACUUGGGCUCAAUAGGGCCAGAGCGAGUGGCAAGGAAGCAAGAACCGUGUUCAAGCGCUUGGCUUACUACCCACCAGCACAAAAGUUCGAGGACGGCAAAGGGAAACAAGAAGACAAUAGAUCCGAGAAAGAGAAGAUUCGAGACUCGAAGAUGGAAUGGAAAGGCAAAGAAGGUCAUUCAAUUGUGCGUUGUCGUCCUGUCACUGGUCGCACGCAUCAGCUUCGGGUACACCUACAAUUUCUUGGCCAUCCUAUCUCCAACGAUCCUAUUUAUUGCAAUCAAAGGGUGUUUGGCCCUUCUCUUGCGGCUGGCGACGCUCUUUCAGACAACGACGAAGACAUCAUUUCACGUCUCUCGAGGAUGGGCAAAUCAGAAGUUGCAGAGGCAAUGGCCUAUCACGAUGAAAUGAUGGACGAGUACAACAAGACGAAAGCCGAGAAGAUGACAGGUCACCUCUGUGACAUAUGUGAUACGCCGUUGUACAGUGAUCCUGGUGCGCAUGAGCUGGGGAUAUACUUGCAUGCCAGGAGAUACGCGUGCGAAGAAGGGAACUGGGACUACGAGACUCCGCUGCCGGACUGGGCUCUGCCACCGCCAGGACUGGCUGGACCGACAGAGGUGACCAAGGAGACGGACCCAUUGCAUAUUGUAAAGGGUCUAGAAACGUUAGAAGUCAGCAAGGAUGCUGGCGGAAAGGGAAAAGUGCUCGAGCAGUCUGGCGUAGAAGCGGGCAAAUUACUUUGGACACAUCCAGGCUAA